AUGGCGGACCGAUUGACCCAGCUGCAGGACUUUGUAGACGACCUGCUCAGUCAGAUGUACGCAUCGCUGAACUACGUCUACAACAAACACCCCUACGGCGAGUUUCCAGACCAGCCCAGUCAGGCACCGCAAGCCUCACAGUCCGAGCCCACAGCAAACGGCGUUGCGCCUGCUGCGAAUGGAGACGGAGCGGCCUCUCAGCAAACACCGGCUGCAGGUCAAGCCAAUGCCCAAGAUGAUAGUCCUACAGCGCCAGACUCGGCAGACAAGUUCAACGCCGCGAUGCAUGAGAUGGCCCAAGAGUUGGUGUUGAAGGAGCAGCAGAUCGAGAUUGUCAUCAAGUCGCUGCCUGGUAUUGGAGUGAACGAGGCGGAUCAGGAGAAGAGGAUGCGCGAAUUGGAAGUUGAGUUACGGCAGAUGGAAGAAGAGCGCGCAAAGAAGGAGAGUGAGAAGCAGGCGAUGGUAGAUCUGCUGGGAGACAUGAUCAGCAAAGUCAAGAGGGUGCCGUGA